UUGACCUUAUAAAAUAUCGAACAUGAAAUAGAAACAGGCGGCGUCGAGUCGAUGGUGAGGGUUUAGGUGGCGAAAACGAAUUUCGAUUGGUUAAUUUCCAAUUAAAAAAUUGUUGGGUCGGACGAAUUUCGGUGGCAGAUAAAUUUAAGAUGGAUUCAUGAACUUUGAAUACAACUCAUCGAUUCGACUUCUCUGAAUUUUCCGUUUUGGUUUCUUAAUUCUUACUACAAACAAUGGGCAUCCCAUCGGAAUUGAGGGAUUUGUGGGUGCACAGAAGGGAUUCUUUUGUAAUUCCCUCGCCGGCUGAAGAGCGGAAAAUCGCGAACGCCAAGCGAUGUACUCAAGAAGGUGUUCGUGCUGGUUUCAAGAACGCUUCUAUUGCAUGUGUUGCCAGUGCAGUACCUACGUUGGUUGCUGUUCGAGUAGUUCCUUGGGCUAAAGCAAACCUUAAUUAUACUGCUCAGGCACUCAUCAUUUCUGCAGCAUCAAUAGCUGCCUACUUCAUCACUGCUGAUAAAACCAUCUUAGAAUGUGCAAGAAGAAACUCUCAAUUAGAGAAUGCCUUGAGACACCAAGGAUCAUAAAUGCACUUUUGAGUGCCUUGUGCUGGAGGCUGGAGCAGUCAGUCCUGUUGUUGUAUGAUGGAAGAAAUGGCUCCACAAUGUUUAGUUCCAGUUUGAGAUCUAGUUUCUCACUUGUUCUACAUUUUCUUCCCAAUUGCCAAUGCCAAAGCCUUGGAUUUGGCAGGCUGGAUGUAAAACAAAAAAAAAAAAAAGUCACCUUUUAUCACUUUCUAGUGCUUAAUCUAUCCCUUUAUUUGGGAUAUUGGAGUGCAAGUAGGGUUUAUGCCGCCGUUUACUCUGUUUCCCUUUCAUUCUUCUUGAAUAUUAUUUACUUGAUAUGAAAUAUCAUUUCAAGCUUCCAGGCUAAAUGAAAAUUGUUUAUCUUCCUUGGUUGCUAAA